AUGGAUGGAGAUGGCGAGCCACUACUACAAAAUGCCGAGCCUCCUUUGGAAUUUCGUCUCGGCAGCCGGCUUGUCGUUGCUAAGAAAGCCAAGUUGCUAGAUCCGCGCAGGACUGUGUACCGCUUGGACCUUAAACCACCACCUUUGCUCAUCGCGCUGAUUCAACCCGUCGUUUCUCUUUGCCCCUGGAUAAAGGCGCGUUGGCCUGAGUGGUUUUUACCACCGACAGUGAUCCUCAAGAAGCGAAAAGCCGACUGGGAAGAGGAGUUCGAAAAAGAGAAGCAGGUUUAUAACGUCUUGAAGCUGAUUCAAGGGAACAUCAUUCCGCAUUUCUAUGGCGAAGCGGUGUAUGAUGGAUCCCCGACAUUGAUUUUGUCAUUCAUCGACGGGAAGACCCUAUUCGAGCUUCGGCACGAUCUCUCCGAAGACGACUUGCGACAGGGCCUUGAGAAGGCUCUCGCUGCUCUGACAUCAUACGGAGUCGAGUAUACCGAUAUGAAACUCGACAACUUUUUCAUGGUAGAUGGCGGGCGAGUGAUGGUUAUCGACCUUGAGCAGGUGGAGCUCGAUACCACAAAGGUCUGGGAGGAAAGCGUCAACCGUGCCAAUGUUCAAGGUUUCAUGGACAUAUUGAAUAUAAGGCGCAAAUUGGCAGCUCAUUCUAUCAUGGGAGCAUAA